AUGCUUAAUAUAGAGCAGCUGGAUGCCGUUGUAGCAGAGCUACGGGAUAGAUAUCAUGGGAAAUGGCCACUUGUCAUACUACAUAAUAAACGAAUUGCCAAGCUUAUGGAAAAUUCAUCUAAUAGACAUUCGAUUGAGACUUGGAGAACAAAUGGGGCUUUGUAUACUUCACCAAGUAGGUCAAACGAUGACUGGUAUUGGCUAUAUGCAGCAAUCAAACUAAAUUGUUUGCUUGUGACUAAUGAUGAAAUGAGAGAUCACAUAUUCGAGCUUCUAGGGUCGUCCUUUUUUCCAAAGUGGAAGCAACGUCAUCAGGUAAAGUACACCUUUAAUAAAGGAAAAGCGGUGCUUGUGAUGCCACCCCCUUAUUCUUCAGAGAUUCAAGAGUCGGAAAUGGGAUGUUGGCACAUCCCAAUGGAAGAGAAGUCUGGGAAUGAGAGAGGUAGGAUUUGGCUUUGUAUUGGCAGGGGAGGUUCCUGCAAAGAAGAUGGUGAAGUUCCUGCAACUAAUGGAGUUGUCCACGAAAUUCCUCCAACUGAGGCAUCUAACGUGAUACAGCAGAGGCUGGCCGAAAAUAAGGAUGAGUUGAUAACUGGUAAAAGAAAGGAUAGAGAUUGA